AUUCCAAUUUUUUUGUAAUGACACAUUUAGGGUAAUGAAGGAAAAUAUAGAAUUUGUAUAAAUAAUUUUAUCAUUUUAGUGGUUGUGAUAUAACCGCAGCAAGCAAGCUUUUCCGUAUCAUGUUUCUGCGUUUUCUAUAUGUAGCUCUUUUACUUCUCUUGUAUCACGGUUGAUUGAGAACGUUGCAUUUGUAUUUUACAUUCCAAGAUAAUUAUUUGCAGAAUUUACAAUAUAGCUUAUCAUGUAACUGCUGUAUUAAUUAACUAUUAUUAGUAAGCAAUUUUUAAAACGAUUAGUUUUCCUAGUAUUAGAGUUGAAAUCGUAAACAUGUUUACGGAUAUUAUUUUCAUAUUUUUAUAUUUAAUUUUAUUUACAAACUAAUAUUAAUAUAUUUUAAAUCUAUUUUAUACAAUAGAAUGAUGAAAUCUUUUUAUUUUUCGCAACAAAAAUUUCAAAACGCAAUGGCAGAAGGAAGUUACAUACAAUCUACGCGCUUGAUAUUAAAGUAUUCGGAAAUAUUACUUAUUAACAGAAUUAUACAGUAAAAUAAUAUUCUCUGUUAAAUAACUUCAUGCAUCUCUAAAUAACGAUUAAAUUACGGUAAUCUUCUAAACAUUAAGAUGAAAACUUUACGUGUCGCUAUUCUGAUAUAAAACAAAUAAUAAGCACAACUUCGUUAUUCAGUUUUAUAAGCAACACAACUGUGGAAUUUUUAUUAAACAGUCGUCCCAAUUUUUGCGACUAUUUUUACAGUUCCCAUCAGUUACGUACACGCGCGGAAAAUAAUUAUUCACUCGAACCGGAUUUUUUUGUCUGAUGUUAUAUGAAAUACCGAAGGUUAAACGUUAAAAUUUAGGAUAUCGUCUGUAUAUUUUACUAUCGAAAAUUUUCUUUGAAAGAUUGAAGUGGAAAGAAUUCCCGGAAUCGAUGACAGAUUUGAACGUAAAUAGUUUGCGUCACGGAGUUGAAAGUGGUGUAACACAGUGAAUUCGAGCCUGCGUUCACGCGUGGUGUACGGCAUGUAUAGAAAAGGCGCACGCCCGAAAGGCUCGAGAGAUCCGAAGCGUCUCGCUCGGCUUUAGUAGCACGUUGCACGAAUGAGGAAUCGAAAAGGAAGGACGGUAAAGUCCAAAAAUAAUUGUUUCCUAACCGAUUUCUGAUCAAUCGAAAUUAAAAAAGAGAUUCGUCCAUCGCGAUUAUAAAAAUUAAUCUUAUCGGAUAAUCCGAAUUGUACGAAGUUUGAAGUGACAGGUGGUUUCUAAGAAAUCGUGCAGUUUCAAAUUAUUAAUAGCAUCGAAUCGAAUUUUAAAAUCUAACUUCGAGGCACUGCUUUCGUAGAAAUAGUGUUUUGACUAGUGAAAUCGUGUUAUCUUGGUCGUUGACCCGACGAAGCCAUGACCGGGAAAAACAUUUCUAAAGACAGCAAAGGUAUCGGGUUACCUGCACGGUACCUGAUGGCAGUAAUGGGUUCUAUUGGGCUGGCUAUUAUUUAUGGGUUCAAGGUAAAUGUAAGCGUGGCGAUAGUAGCUAUGGUAAACCACACAGCUGUAAAGCAGUCUACGCUGCAUGAAAUCAAAUCGGAGAAUGCAACUGCAAUUACAACGAUGGAUGAAUGUCAACACGAUGGUCUGUCUCUUAACACGACGAAAAAUAUCGUCGAGGAUGGUCCCUUUGUAUGGAAUGAACCAUUGCAAGGUCUAAUUUUGUCCUCAUAUUUUUGGGGAUACAUGGUAUCUCUGCUUCCGGGUGGUAGAAUGGCUGAACUAUUGUCCGCGAAAUGGGUAAUGAAUGGAUCUGUACUUCUAAACGUAGUGGCGUCCAUAUUGUCACCUGUUGCUGCACAACUCCACUACUCCCUUUUCAUUGUGAUGAGAUUCAUUCAAGGAAUCGGUGGAGGUGUAACAUUUCCUGCUAUGCACGUUAUGGUUGCUAAAUGGGCUCCACCGAAUGAAAGAAGUGUGCUCGCUUCAAUCGUUUAUGCAGGAACCGCACUUGGCACUGUAAUUUCUAUACUGUUAACGGGAAUAUUAGCCGCAAAUUUCGAGUGGGUGUGGAUAUUCUAUAUAGAAGGGGCACUCUGUUUAAUUUGGUGUACUGCCUGGUGGAUAAUGAUCGAGGACAGCCCGGAAAAACAAACGAGAUUUAUUAGCCAAGAAGAAAAGAACUACAUCAUGGAAUCUUUGGGACAUAUGAAAGAUGAUAAUGAGGAAAAACAGACGUUACUAGUACCAUGGAGGGAAGUAGUCAGAUCGAAACCAUUUAUGGCAAUUUUAAUUGCUCAUUUCUGUAGUAAUUUUGGCUGGUACAUGUUACUCAUUGAAUUGCCUACUUUUAUGAAUCAAAUAUUAAAAUUCGACAUGAGUUCAAACGCUGGACUUUCUUCUAUGCCGUUUUUAUGUAUGUGGCUCUUUACUAUGGUACUUAGCAAAACUUUAGCUAUCAUGCAGGGAAAGAAAUGGAUCACUGUUACGGUAUCAAGAAAAAUCGGAACAUUAUUUUCAUCGUUUGUUCCCAUGAUUUGCCUAAUAGGAGUUUCAUACGUUGGGUGUAAUAGAGCAUUAGCUGUCACAUUAAUGACUAUUGGUGUUACUUGCAUUGGUGGAAUGUACAGUGGAUUUCUAUCAAAUCAUAUUGAUAUUGCACCGAAUUUUGCCGGUACUCUCGUUGCCAUUACAAAUUGCGUUGCUACUAUACCUGGGUUUGUAGUACCAAUAUUUGUUGGAAAGUUGACGCAUGGAAAUCAAACUAUAGGAGCCUGGAGGAUCAUAUUUUUCACAACUGUAGUAUUGUACAUAAUAGAAAUGUUAGUAUAUACUAUUUUUGGAAGCGGUGAAGAACAACCUUGGAAUAAAACUAAACCAACCGAUGAAGAAACAAGUGAUCAAACGUUACCGCUAAAAGAAGAUGUUAAAAAAUAAGUUUUUCUUAGACGCGCAUACUGUUAAUUUGUAUAUAUAAUCAAAUUACAGUAUUAUUUUAUGAACAUUAUAUUUAUGUAUAUAAAAGUUAUUUAAUAAUUAUUGUGUAACGGAUAAA